GGAGCAUUCAGUUCUAUAAUAUUGUCAACAUUAAAAUAUAUUUUUAAAAAACUUUAUUUUUUAAAUAAGAAAAGUGUGUAAUAAUAAUAUAAAAAAAUGAAGAUAAACGAGAAGAAUAUGAUGGCAUUUGCUACAUCUGCAACACCUGUAGAUCGAGAAGGUUGGCUAAAUAAACGAGGAGAAAUGAAUAAAGGUUAUCAACGACGAUGGUUUGUCUUAAAAGGAAAUAUUUUAUUUUAUUUCGAUCGUCGUGGUGACAAAGAGCCAGUUGGAAUGAUAGUUCUUGAAGGAUGUACUGUAGAAUUAGCAGAAGAUGAGGAACAAUUUGGUUUUAAAAUUGUGUUUCAUGGACCCAACAACCGUAGUUAUGGCCUUGGAGCAGACUCACAGGAUUCUAUGGAGCAAUGGAUGAAAGCUUUAGCAUGCGCCAGUUAUGAUUACAUGAAGUUGAUGGUUGCUGAACUUCAGAGACAACUUGAUGCUGUUGAAGAAGAUAAUUCAGAAUUAGCUGAAGUAACAGAAUCACCUAAACCACCACCAAGAACCCGACACAAUCCAUUUAAUAGACCAGAGUCUCAUCAGAGAUCUCAAAGUAUUAGAUCAGCACCGGGCAGAACUGAAAAUAUCCCACGAACUCGAGUUACCUUUCGUGAACUUCAUAAUGCUUACGGCAGACGAAUUUUGGCAGAUAUAAAUCAGUGGAAGCAUAUAAAAAGGUCAGCAGAAGCUCCACUCAUUACUUUCUAGUAAUUUUUUUAUUACUGUAAAGUUUGUGAAUAGCUGAAAAAUAUUGAAAGUAAUUUAUGAGAAUUUUCAUUCCAUAAAGUGCUUUUUUAUGAAUUUUUCUACAUGCCUACUUAUUACUAGCACUUGUCUAAUUGACAUUCUCAACGAUUUAGCUUUAUUUUAUUAAUUCUUAAUUACAUUUAUUGCUCGGUAAAGUUAUCAUAAUAUUUUUGGUUGAAGGUUUUUAAGUGAUUUCUAAUUGUGACAUUACACUUAAUGUCGUGUCACAUAUUAUGAAACAAUUAGAUAAUUCAUGAAUUCUAAAAAUAAAUGCAAAAUGUAUAUUAUUCUAUUAAUUAAGUAGCUUAUUAGAUGACA